CUUUGGUUGGUUAUGCAGAAAGUUGAAGCUUGGCUAUGUGUUCUGCUUCCCGGUCAUUGAUUAGUGUGGUCUGGUGAAAGCUGUUUGUCGGGCAUCAACUAGCAAUCCUGUUAUUUGUAUUUCUACUUGUGAACGGAAGUUAAUCAGCGACGAUGGAUAUGUACAGCUUGAGAGUGACUUAUUAUUAAAAUUAUGCCUUUUACGAUGUUAAAUGUAUUAGACUGCUUUACACACUGACAUCCGGGUAUUUUUUUUUUACCAUACAUGCGCCUCGGUUUGUUUACACUGCAGCUGGUGGUUAACGGCGUAUUAGCUGUUAGUUUCUUUGUGGUUGUAAUGAUGGAAUCACAAUGCGAGUAUUUGAUGUACUUUCCUUCCGCUCCAAUAUCGACUCUGUUAGACCCGACAGAGUACACAACUCUUCCGCGGCGAAAACACGUCUACCUCGGGGAGAGCGUCCAGUUCCUGUUGGUUCUGCGGUCCCGGAACGCAGCGGGGAGGGAUGACAGCUCCGGUGUUUUGCCUUUGAAGGAUCUGGCGGGUUUCUUGUCAGCUCAGGCGAGUGUGUGCGUCGCCGAGAGCCGGCAGCAGAGGCCUCGUGAGUACCAGCCUGACCUCCAAAGCAGCUGCAGCGAGGACGGGGAAGAGGAGCCCGGAGAGAGGGAGUUUGGAACCACAGACGACCGCGGAAGACCGGAUAACAACCGGACCUUCAGACAGUGCAGCCCGCUUCUAGUUCACAACAACUCCGCCAGUGAUGGGCGAAAGUGUGGGAGAGAACCGGUAAAGUCUGCUCUGGUGUUGGAUGAUCAGGUUAUCUUUAGUCUCACUGUCUCUUUGGACAAGCUGCCGGUCAACACACUCAAAGUCAAGAUCAUUGUGACUGUGUGGAGUCAGGAGGAGGACAAGGUGGCGGUGAGGGAACAUGGCUAUCUGACUCUUCUGCAGCUCAGGAGUCCAACACACACCUUCAGACAGGACCUCAGCACCUUCAAGGCACAGGUCAGCACACUCCUGAAUGUUCUUCCUCCUCCCGGUGUCCAAUGUCAGCAGAUGACUGUUUCUGGAAAACACCUAACUGUCCUCAAAGUGUUGAACUGUAGCUCUCAGGACGAGGUGUGUCUCAGAGAUAUGAAGAUCCUUCCCAACUAUAACUCAUCCUACCUCCCAAUGAUGCCAGAUGGUUCAGUUCUCAUAGUCGACAAUGUCUGUCACCAAUCAGCUGAGGUCACCAUGGCUUCAUUUUAUCGGAUAGACAGCGAGUCAUCACGUUUACCCAGCAUGCUCAGCGCCUUGGAGGAACAGAACUUCCUGUUCCAGCUGCAGCUAGAAGACAAAGGGGAGAAGGACUCCAGUGAGGGUUUGGAAGUCCCAUUGGUGGCUGUGCUACAAUGGUACACUCCAACACUGCCUUUCACAAGAUACAUCUCUAGUUGUUACUCAUUGCCCAGUAUCCGCUUGUAUCGUCCUCGGAUGGUGAUGACAGCUUCCUGUCCCAGUGCUGUCAGGCCACUUGAGAACUUCUGGGUAAAAUACACCCUGUUGAACAACUUGCAGGAUUUCCUGGCUGUUCGUCUGAUCUGGAAUUCUGAGGCUCAUAGAGGAGGUCAGCAGGACCCCAGGGUUGGGGCAGUGGUGUGUCAGUCUCCCAUCAACCACCUCGGACAGUGUAGGAAGGGCUCAACCCUCUCCUUCACCGUGGCCUUCCAGAUCCUUAGGACUGGACUCUUUGAGUUGAGCCAGCAUAUGAAACUGAAGCUCCAGUUCACAGCCUCGGUGUCCACUCCUCCCAUGGAGUCUCGAUCUCCACUGAGGAACUCUCCUUCAUCUUCUGGUCCUGCGGUCAGAGAGCUGCUGGAAAGACACAGCCUGGGCCGGUCUCAGAGCUUCUCCCACCAGAACCCGUCCAGGUCACACCACGUCAGGUCAAGCAGUGUGAUGGAGCGUCGGACUGUAACCCCAUCUAUAGGGUCUCCAAUGGGCAGAGCCCUCUACCUGCCCCCUGACCACACCCUCAUUUCAAUGGACAGAAUAGCCAAGAGAGAGUGUAAGGUGUUAGUGCUGGAACCAAUCCAAGAGGUACAGAGCAGGUGCUGCAGAUCAGAGGCCAGCUGGAGAGGAGGCAGGAUGACUAGGCUGUUCGUUGACACUAAGGCUGGGGAUCAAAAUCCACAUAUUCGUAACACCACAUAUUGCAAACUGUCAAAUACAGAAUAUUGGCAUUCUUAACUGAAACCAGUCAAAGCAUGUUAAGCAAAUCUUCUCUCUGUUUCUGCUGUCAGAUGACCUGGAAAGGAAACCUUUACUGGAGAUACAAACAUCAGUGUUUGAUCCUUCUGUCCAGCUGCCAGAGCCUCUUCCUCAAGGAGACAUUCAGAGCGAAAGACUGAUGGAAGGAGGAGGUGAUUCAUCAUUUCACUGGGUUAUCAUUUCUCCAGAUGAGAACGUUUUUAAGUUUGUUUUUUUAUUUUUUUAUUUUUUUUAUUUUUUACAUUCUUCCAGCCUUUGUUCCAUUUGUUCCAUUUUACUCAAUGGGUUAUUUUUAUUGCCUUCCUACUUGUAUGCCUGGGUGAUUUUGUAGAUAUUUAUAGAGUAUUACAAGAAGUAAUGUCAAGUUUAGGGACUCAUCAUUGAUUGUUUGUAUGGCAGCCAUUGUUUUCUUAUAGGAUAUAGUAAGGAAAUGUGGCAAUUAGGAUCCAGUAGUAAAGUAACAUUCCAACAUUUCAUGAAAUAAAUUUGUUUGGUAUCAAACCCCCGUCAGAUCAGACAAAACUGCUAGCCUAGCUACGUCUUAAAACAUAGACCUUGAAACAGUCCUAUUUCCAUGUGAUAUACUACAUCCAACACCUUUGGGAUGAACAUCAACGCCUAAUGUGAGCCAGGCCUGUUGUGUUGUUCUAACCUAAGUUAAACAUGUUCUGAAACUGUUUCUGUCUUGAAAUUAUUGACAGUACAUAUAAUGGACAGAGCUUCUGGGUUUGAAAAGUGAAGCCAACGCGGAAGUGUCUUAAAACCUGCAUUCUAUGUAAAGGCCAGCAAGGGUAGCUCCAUUGGCUGCAAUAACACACCUUUACUAUUCACUAAUGAAGAAUGAGCCGACUUGUCACUUCAUUUAUAAGCUCAGUAAACAGUUCCCUAACAAGUUUAUGGUCUCAAUAGCUAGUUUCAGUCUUCUUCAAUACAUUUUGAUGUUAAUUUAGUAAAUGAUGGUCCCAUUUAGAGUUAAAUAGACGAUAAAGCCAUGUAUGCUUUUGGGCAUGGCUACCUAAUGAUUGACAGGUCAGCCUUUCAAGCACAAAGGAGAAACUACGGUGGCUGCGAAAUUUGCAAAAAAGCCAAAGGUCCUAUCUAGAGCCAGUGUUUGGUGUGGCUGUUCUGGGCUACUGUAGAAACAUGGCAGUUUAACAUGCUGAACUCUGCCAGAAGAGUAACCAUCCCCUUCUGUAGAAAAAAAAUUGCUCAUUCUAAGGUAAAAAAAAAAUACAAUGAUUACAAUCUUAUUUUCAGGUGAUUACAUACUGAUGAAAUAUACCUAUGAAUAUUGUAUUCCUUUUCUGCCAAUAGAUCCUCCUAAAUGUUACACACUGGACCUUUUUAAAGUUACAAAAAUGAAAAUGUAAUUUGUUUAUAUUACGAAUACAAAUAUGUUAUUGUACACUGGAGGACAUCAGCUAAGAUUUGAAGGGCUUGCAUUGCCUCAUACCUUUCCUACUAUAGUUGGAAGUGGUUUGCAGCCUUGACAUCCAUUAUAUAUUUAUUAUAAAAUGCGAUACAAUUGGAAUGUGAGUGUGAUGCAUUCAGUGUCUUUACACACGGGCUAGUUUAUUUAAAUUGAAUUGUCUUAAUGCUGUCUAUUUAUUGUCAACGUUGGAUUGUUACUUUUCAGUUAUGUGGCUUCUUAGUUUUAAAUAGAUGUUUUUGUCUUUUAUUGACCCCUCACAUACACUGGAGAUCAAAAUUGAAGAACAAUUUAGGAACACUUGAUUUUUUCAGAAAUAAUGUAAUCUUCAUUUCUCAACAUUUGAAGGAGUUUUUGUUGUAGCUAUACCAUGCUACUAGAACAGUGUUUUACAAAAUGACCAAGACACUUCAACAAAAAACCUUUAUUUUGCAGAAAACACAAUGAUCAAAAUAAGAGAACAGCAAUGACUGUAGCACGCUGAAAGAUUACAACAUUUUCUUAAGGUUACAACAGUCAACAAUAAGUAGGAAGUGUACAGGCCGUUGCUUUGAAUGACGUCAGCACAUCUGAGGCCACAGGACAUCACUAGUCUCUCACACUGUUCUGGUGUGAUUCUGGUCCACUCUUCUUCCAGUCUGUUCCACAGUUCGGUGACUGUACUGGGUUAAUUGGCCAUAACUUUGUCACCAAGAAUUUUCCAGAGGUUUUCUAAUGGGUUUAGAUCAGGACUCUGGGCUGGCCAUUUCAUUAUUUCAAUGUUUUCAGUAUCAAGGAACUGCUUUACCCGUUUUGCUGUGUGACGGGGGCAUUGUCCCUGUGGCUGAUUGGUUGAUGAACGCAGGAACCACGUUGUGGAAGAAGGUUCUGAUAGACAUUUGUAUUCACUCUGCCAUGUAGCUGUAUAAGGGGCCCACCUCCUGCUGCAGAAAACAUUCCCCAAACCAUGACACUGACUUCUUUACAAACUUUGGGUUCAGUCUUUCCCCAGUUUGACGACAAACAUAUUGUUUCCCAUCGGACCCAAAUAAAUUAAACUCGCUUUCAUCACUAAAGUGAACUUUGGACCAGUUCUCCUCUGUCCACACAACAUGCUCCUCAGCAAAGGUUAGUCUAGCCUUUUGAAUCUUUCUGCAUAUGAAAGGUUUGGUCUCUGCAGUUUGGGCUUUCAGUUCAAAUGCUCUAAAACGUUGAGACACUGUAUGACAAGACAGAUCCUUACCCUGUUCAGCGUUGAACAUGCAAGCAAUUCUAGCUGCAGCGUUGAACCGAUUGCCCACUGAGAUUCUCCGAAUUAUUCUGUCCUCUCUUGCAUUUGUCUUUCGUGGAUGACCAGCCUUCUUGGGGGACUUGAAUGAGUUUGUGACAUUGUAAAGAUGCAAUAUUCUAGAAAUCACAGAUUGGGAACGACCAACUUCUCUUGCUAUGACUGAUAGUCAUCCCUUUGGCCUUCAUCUGGACAACCUGCUGCCAAAGGGUUUCAGUCACUUUAGAAUGGCUCACCAUCUUGCAAAGUCAGUGAAAACUGGAAAGUUAGGCUGCAAGUUAAAUGAGGUUUGUCAGAUAAUUAAGGAAAUUAGCACCAGGUGCCGGAUUAACACCAAUAACUGGGAGAUAUCUGAAAGUGUUGUCUAAUUUUGAUCAGUGUUCUUUUUCAAAUAUCUCAUUUAAGUUUUUUAUACUGUGCUUCAGAGCAUAUGUAACUGAAAUAUGCUUAAAAUACUGCUAUUUUACUCCGGUUUGGAUCAUUUCAAAUAGGACUAAGCAGUGACCUUGACAUUUGGGAAAUUGUAGAUUUUUCUCUAAUUUUGAUCUCCAGUGUGCAUGCCAUAGAUAAGAGCAGGCAUAGGUAACUGUCCUGUCUUCAGAACAUCCAGGCUCCCUUUUGGGUGAAACAAAGUAUCUAGUGGCACUAUUCCUGCGUCACAUUUGUACAAAGAUGAAAAAAACCCAGGUUACGAUUUUCUUUACUUCCGUAAAGAGUAAAGGACAGAGAUUUGUGGAGAAGAGAUUUGUGGCUUCCAAAAUAUAAAGCAGCAUGGGAAGUAAAAAAACUCACAUGUUUUCUACUUCUCUCGUAGUGAAAGGUUAAUUAAUAAGCACAAACGGGAGUUCUGCUUCGCCACAGCGAAGGAAUUAGUUUACAGUAACGUCAUAUUGGACAGACGACCAAACCUGUCUCUUAAUGACAGAAACCGUGUCAGAUGUCAGAAAGAGUUGGGAAUGAGAACGGGUUGUUGUAUGUCAGUUGUUUCCACGUUAAUGGAGGCAGACUGAAAGGAUGUUCAUCAACCCCUAUUUCUUUCAAUUUUUUUCCAUAUAACGACACCAAUCGCUGAGAUAACAAAUGUUUGCCUGACUGACCGUAGGAUUUGGGCUAUAGCUAAAAAGCGAUGCUUAUUUUAUGCUCUUAAAUUGGCAAAGACCUCAGAAUUCGCCUUUAUCCCCAGUCAAUCUAGAGGGGCUGCUUUCACCAGGGCAAAGUACCUGAUGUGCUGCUGUCAUCUAUGGUCUAAUCGUGCAGCAGUGUACUACAACAUUUUACAGUGUCUUCUCAUUUCCUUAGCAGUGUAGCAUGUUAAAUAAUAGCUGACAAUAACUUGCGUGUAAAACAUUAACCUUGUGUGUCUCCAGUGAAAACAGGGUCUGACUGAUAUGAUUUUGUUGGAUUAAUGUUGCUUAGAGCCAGAAAUUCCGUUUCUUUCACAUUUCCCAAAAACACUGACAUUGUAGGACUGAGGGUCCUAUAAUGUCAAAAGUCUCACUUUGUCAGGCAGGGUUUUGGAAGAGGAGGAGCUGUAAAAGGCAAGUGAACAUAUUGAAUCACGUUUUCUCAAAAUCAUCGUCUUAUUGUGGGCAUUGAAGAAGCUGUAUUAAAGCUUGAACGAGUGUGUGUGUCUACACAUUAUUAUUAUUAUUUUUUAUUGAACACAUCAUCAUCGCUGUUUCUGUACAUUAGGUUCUUCAAUGUAUUUUUCUCAAAUGAUGUACAGCUUAUAGACAUUCUAUUAUCUCAAAUGACUUGAAAUACUAGGUUUGGGCUAAGCCCGAAUGUUUACAGUGUUUGGCUCCACACCUGGUCAAAGGGUCAAUAAAGUCAUAGGAAUCUUCCUCUAAGAACCAUGAACACUUAAAAGCCUAUUGUUGACAUACAGUAUGUUUGUAUGAUGUGUCAGUGUUACCUAUCAGGACACUGUUCAUACUGAACAUUAAAGUCCUGAAAUUGAGGGGGAAAUAUGUGAAAUUAUGUGUGGUAUUUUUACACUGGAAAUUAAUAGUAAAUGUAUUGACUUAUAUUAAAUCUCACAGCUGCUGUCCAGACAA